AUGCCUCUCGACGAAGAAGGAGCCAAAUGGUCUUGUGAACCAUGCAUCCGCGGCCACCGAUCCUCCAAAUGCCAGCACUUCGACCGGCUCAUGAUGAAAGUUCCCAAAGCAGGCCGGCCACUUGCAAAAUGCCCUCACCCCAAGGGAACCUGCAGCUGCCAGAAGACCUAUGCCGUCAUGGUCCGGAUUCCGAAAGGCUCUGGUUGUCUGUGUCGACCACUGUACCAAGUCCCUUUGGAUUCUAAUGGUGAGCCACAGUCGACCCCGUCUACUAUGGCUCCAACCGCGUCGCCCACGCCGGGCAAGAUCCAAAAAUCGGGAAGAAGGCAAAGCAGCCUCCAGGCGGCACCCGAGAACAUCGCCAAGGCCUUUGAUGCUAUGCCUGGUCCGAUCAAUAUGAAAUUUGAAAACGAUGCGACAAAUCAGUCAUUCAAUUUCGCGUCUCAGCCUGAAUUGGACGGCGCGCACACCACCAACCACGACAUCAGCGACCGAGCAUCGUCUGAUACCGCACAAAUCGCCAACAGCACUCCGCAGCCAACACAACAGAGAUCCGCAUGCUGUGCCCAGAAAUCUCAGAUGCCUGCACCAGCCCCCAAUGGGUCUUGCUGUGGAAAACCUGCAACUUCCUCGACAGACGACUCUGUCCCCUCGGACUUGCCGGAGCACAAUAAUGUCCAGCAUUCAUCAUGGGCCAAUAUGUCUUAUGAACAAUUUUCAGCCCCACAGAUGUCUUCCUGGCAGACCUCCGCUUCGUCUCCGCAUGGGAAAUUCAUGGAAUUCGGCAUGGAUGAAGCUCAACCUCAACCAACGUUUUACAUGAACGGACACACGCAACACAUGUCUACGCCACAGUCGAUGAUGUAUCCAGACCAACUAUCUGGACUUGGAAUCAAUCAGACUGCCUUUCCAAUGCAGCACCAGAAUGCCUCCAACAAAACAGUUGGUGGUGAAUCCUGCACCGAUUGUCAGUGUGGAGACGAUUGCCAAUGCCUAGGAUGUUCCACUCACCCCUUCAACAAUACAACUCGACAGCACGUCCAAGAAAUGGGUGUCAUGAUGACUUUCGACAGUGAUGAUCAGACCCCGGACGGGGUUGCCAGCGCCCAUCCAUCCUCGCCAUUCCCAGGAGGCACAAUAACCCCGCUAAACCUCUCCUUCAUGCAGCACACACCCUCAGUGGAUCCCAGUGCUCAGCAGGACUACGCUUUUGCGCCUUACUCAGACCCCAACUUAAAUUUUCCAAACGGUUAUUCUUCUCCUAUGUCAGCCAACCAUCCAUUCAGCGAUCAGUUGAUGCACCCUUCGGAGUACUAUACCCUCGAAUACCCGGUUGGGCUCCCAAGUGUCUGUUCCAACAUCACGGGAAGCUGUCAAUGCGGCAGCGACUGCAGCUGCGUCGGCUGUCUCACGCACAGCGGCCACAACGGCGUUCCACUGGAAUCCCCUAUCCCGGACGGAUCCAUCGCCGGAACACCAGAGCAGAACCCUCCCUCUCAUUCUACCAUGGCAAGCCCCUCUCACCAUCAAACGUCACGGAUCCCAGUGCUGGAUAACAUCUCAGUCCCGUGCCUGAGCCCGCGCACGUUGGAGACAUCCUUGAUUUAA